CAAAAAGUAUACAACCCAAAGAUAAAAUUGGUAUUUGGUUAAGGGAAAAAAAGGGUUUGUCUUCUGGUUCACCGAAUUUUGUAAUAAUUAAAUCAGUGGCAAAUCCCUGAAAAUAUUGAAAAUGUCAAAUCGAACAGAGAGAUACCAAAAGCUAUGCCUUGAAGAAUCACUCUCAAGAAUCUAUCAAUACCCAAUUGCAUGUAAAGAGUUGAGCUUUAUUCUCAGAGGCGCUUAUGCUAAUCUCCCCAAGCCUCUCCAAUCCCUUGUCUUUCAGCAUACCCUUACCGCCAUUCGUCUUCUUCCCGAAAUGCAGACCAGUAGCGCCGUUGCAGCAGCUCAUUUCCUACUUCAGAGUGCAGAAGCUGCCUUUCCGAAACAGAAGAAGAGUUUGGUCGUUACGGAGUUUAAGCAAGCAAAGGUUGCUCAUAAAAGACGCAGUAAAGCACACAGGGAAGAAAAAGGGCCAUCUCAAUUGCCUCAAGAUGUUCUUGUUCAUAUAUUCUGUUUACUCGAUUUGCAAUCGUUAAUUUCUGCAGGCCUAGUCUGCAGGUCAUGGACUUUAGCAGCAAAUGAUAACCAUCUAUGGGAAUUGCAAUAUACGAUAUUCUUUGGCAGAUCAAACAAUUCUUCCAGAACUAAGACGCAGUGGAGUGGUAAAUCGGUAAACAAGGAUUAUACAUUUUGGGAGGAGAAUGUGAUUACUCGAACUGAUAUUGAUUGGAAAGAGACCUUUAAAAGAGCAUAUAAAGGCACUUAUUCAAAGAAAUUAAUGUCCAGUAGGGGAUAUUGCGGGUAUUGUGACACGAUAGUUUGGCUCAAGAACUUGAAGUGCUCAAACAGACAGUGUGACCCGAAACAUGAAAAUGCACAGAUUAAGCCUAUUUCACCCCAUCAGAUCGUCGACUACUUAAUGGAUGGUUAUACAUCAAUGAUAUCCUCUUCAGAUAGCGAUAGCGAGUCAGAUGAAGAGCCCGUUUCCAGAUUAUGGGCAUAUCCGAAAGACAUACGUAGAAUCGAGAAAAAGCCUCUUGUUUAGAUGGUAGUUUUGGGGAAUAGAGACCUCCAUAUACUUGCUGCUCUGCUUCUAGGGAACAAAAUAAGGUAAACUAGUUGUAAAUAUCAUUUUGUUUUAAGAUCAUAUGUACAUACAAUGAAAUUAUAUUUAAGAAAAAUGAAUGUGAUUGUGUGUUUCUAUAAA